GAGGAAAUGACGUAUACGUAAAUCAUGGAUGUCAACCCUAGUUUCACUUUCUCAUAAGCAUUUGUGAAGAUUGCCCUUGCCUUUGCUGAACUGUGUGCUAAUAAUCAUAUUUAAAAAUAUAUUUAUGAGACUUUAACUAUUGGAAUGAAAUUUUAGCUGCCGUUUAUAAUGACAUCAAUUGUUAUACAUCACAAUCGCCGUUUGCAAGCUGCGGCACCAUUCGCCAGUAAAUGUCUGAUUAAUCUUAAGAAACGAACCAUAAUCAUAACGUCAACGAGGCUUACUGGUGUGCACUCGAAAAAACAGAUCAAUCCAGAUGAUAAAAAUUUACCAAUCAUAUCAAGCAAACCCUAUUUUUUCCCUCAUACACAUACGGAUGAAAAUUUAGCUUUCAUUCCUAAUAAGAAUACUGCGAUGAUUAAUGUCAUAGGCCCAGCCAAACCAUUUUGCACAAAAUUCAUUUAUCAACAAAAGACCCAGAGGCCCUACAAUUCAUUGCUAAAAAAAGAAAUCUUAGACUUUGGCUUGGAAACUAAUUACCAUGGAAAGUUUUUUUCUCAAAGAUGCUUUUCAUCCAGUAGUGGCACUACAUAUGAUGGCAGUUCAAAUGGCAAUAAUCCUGAAAAAGGCUCUGAUCCUUUACAAAAGCUUCCACGAAGAUUAUUAAAAAGAUUAGAGAAAAAAGGAAUUUCAGAAACAGAGUUCUUAUCGAAAUUGAAUAACUCAUUAGAUGAUGAGAGUGCUGCAACUGCACAGAAAGCAUUCACUGGUAGUAAAGAAGACCUUGAGGAGUUAUUGAAAAAUAUUUCUACUGAGCCAAAAUAUUUAUCAGAAACAGAUAGUUUUCCUUCUGAUAUGCAGAGAUACAAGCAAUGGAAAAAACAAGAACUUGAUACCUCCUCAAAGCCAAAGGUUGCACCAUCCUUGACAUCCGUUGUUCUUUUUCCAGGUCAAGGUAGUCAGUUUGUUGGCAUGGGUAAAAAAUUAUUACAUUUCCCAGGAGUCAAUGAUCUUUAUGAUGAAGCAAGUUCAAUUUUGGGUUAUGAUCUCCUCAGUUUGUGCUUAAGAGGCCCUAAAUCUGAACUUGACAAAACUGUGCAUUGCCAACCUGCUGUCAUGAUAACAUCUUUGGGGGCCAUUGAAAAGUUUAGAGAGGAACAUCCUCAGGUAAAGGUAUAACUUUUAGUAAUUUAAUUAUACUUUUAGUGCUUCACAUGAAAUUAAAGGUUUAAAUUAUUGAUGUAAAUUUUAAAUCAAGAACAUGUAUAUGUAACUGUCCAAGCUCCAUUGUUAUUUACUCCAGGCCCCCAUCUAGGUAUAAGGAGAAAAAGCAAUGUUAAAGGUGACCUUCCUUACUAACCUAGCUCUUUAAGUCUCGUUAAAUAUAUUAAAAAUUAUAGCCAUAUCUACAAAUUAUCACUUGGUUUUUAAACUUAUGCUUCAGGCUGUGGAAAAUUGUGUGGCUACUGCAGGUUUCAGUGUUGGCGAGUUUGCUGCUCUUGUAUUUUCUGGAAUGUUGUCAUUUCCAGAUGGUAAGUUCAGUCUUGUGUUGUAGUUUAGUAGGUAGAAAGUAAGUGGCAAAUUACCACCAUAUUACCUCAUUCUUAACCCCAUUUAUUCAUAAGUUGACACCCCCCCCCCCCCCCCUGUUUUGUCAGAGAAAAACCUUGAAAAGAGUGUAGAAUGUUUAUGAUAGCACACCCCGUAAAAAUUUGGCAGAUGUAAGCAAUACAGGACUAAGGAAAACACUUUUUUAAAAAAAAAAUCCGGACUUUAAAAAGAAAUUAUUGUGUAAAUAAAAGAUUUAAACAUUAAUAAAAAUACAGUAUAAUGUAUUUGAAAGGUACUUGAUUUGCUUGUCUAAUGAUACUAAACAUUUCCAAAAAUAGAUAACUGCCCCUUGGUGAAAUAUGUGGUCAUCUUCUUGUAUUUGCAUGCAUAUAUUACACUAUAAAUAUCAAGAAGUUUGGGGCGGAUUGCAUUAUUCCAGUCUGGUAACUGGUAUGAUAUUAAAUAUAGGUCAGGUGCAGGUACCCAACUGUAUCAAAAUAAGAUUUUCCCUGACCGUUCCAUAAUUUAAAUUUAACUGCUGCUAUGACCAUGAUCUUAUAAAAUAUGACAAUUUAACCUUGUUGGUUGACGAGUUGAGAAUUAUUGUAGGUACUCACUUGUGACCCAAUUUUUCAUAUCUCCUUUGACAAGCCAUUAUAAGCUGACCCCCCCACUUAUUCCCCUAAAAAUUUCAGAAUAAUGUUGGCUUUAGUUAGAAUGAUUAUCGGCAAGACUUGCACAAUUAUGCCACUUCUUUUGUAACGAAUGUGAAUGUGUCAUGCGAUAUGUUAUUAUCCUCCCUGUGCAGCAACUCCUUUUGAAAAAAAGUGAUACAUUUUUAUUUUAUAUUUUUCUUUGUAUUUAUUAUAUAAAAUCUAAUAACAUAUUGUCUUUUGUUGUUUUUUUUGGUAUAAACACUGGCUUGAAAGAAAUUUGCAAAAUUGAUUAUGAAAAAAUGGAUGUAGAAAAAAAUGGUUAAUUGUUAAAUUUAAUUCUUAAGAAUUUAACUCAAUCUAUAGACUUUGUAUUAUUCUUUUCAUUUCCCAGCUGUAAAACUUGUGAAAGUUAGAGCAGAAGCCAUGCAGAAAGCAUCAGAAACUGUUGGAGGUGGGAUGCUCACAGUAUUUUUGGCUCAUGAUUCAGAUCUAAAAGCAGCUAUAAGGACAGCAAAGGAUUACUGCCAGGAGAGGCGGGGGAUUGAAGAUCCAGUGUGUGUUGUAGCAAACUAUCUGUUUCCUGAGUGUAAAGUUUUAGCAGGUCAUGAAGAGGUAGUUUAAUACUUCUCUACAUUUUAAUUUUGAUCCAUGAACUCAGUAUAAAUUUCACCCUGUUAUAAAAAUUUGAAUAUGAAUAAAUUGCAGAAUUCAUGUGUAUCAAUUUAUAAUUUAAAAUAAAAAUUAAUUAAGCCACUAAACAGAUUAGUAAUUUGUAAACUGUGUCUAAUUAUGGAUAUAUAAUAUAUACGAGAUCGCUAUAUACGCAAUAUAUAACUCAAUACUUUGAUUAUUCAUAAUAAGAUCUUAUGCACACAUUAAAUUGAAAAUGAAGUUGACAACAAUCCUAUGGUAAACACAUCAGUUGUUGACACCAGUCUUAUGAUUGUUUAAGGGAGUAAAUGAAAACAAAAAUAACAAUACAUCAAAUAAAUUUUUUAAUACUGUAUUAAUUCUUUAUCCAUUUAUCUUAAACUUAAACAUAAAUCAAAAUCAUACAAUCUUUUCCCCAUAAUUACUAAAGGAUUUUCACCGAAAUAAUAUAAAAUAAAGCUUAAUCGCAUGAUUUAUAUUUUCCUUUGUUCACUCGCCCUAAAAAUAUGUUAAUAUUCUUUUGGAUAUUUCAUUAACAAAUAUUUAAUGUAUAACAUUUUGAAAUUAAAAUUAAGCUCAAUAAAUAAAUUCAACUUGUGCUUUUAUUUUGACAGGCCCUUGAAUUCAUUUCAACAAAUGCCAAGGAAUUCAAUAUCUUAAGGACAAAGCGCCUGCCUGUCAGCGGAGCUUUUCAUACAAAACUCAUGGAAUCUGCUGUGCAGCCAUUGCAAAGAGCUUUAGCUGGGAUGAAAGUGGGAAGUCCAAAGGUAACUUUAACUUUUGCACAAGUAUGCCUUUGAAAUAACAACUCAACUUGAUCACAUUGUCUGCCUCCCGUCCAAAAUGUGCAGUUUUGUGGGAUAGACUCUUCAGCCCAGUAAAACUGAUAUUCCUUGGAAGGUGUUAUAUAUACACUGAAAAAAUCUCAACUUCUGAUGUUGGAAGACAACAGCCACUUAGGUGUGGAAUUUGUAGAAUUGGCUGUCUACUUUAUAUAAUUGUUCUAAAGCAUUUUCCUUCAUUACCCCACUCCCUUAGUUUUGGAUGGGAAAAGCCUGAAAAUUGUACAACCAGCUUAUAAGCUGAUCCUAUUAAAUAAUAUGCCAGCGUAAGCACUAAGGUACCAAAGAAUGUCUAGGAUGAGAUUAUGCUGCUCUUAAGAAUGACUGAAUAGUUGUCAUCUACUUGUUUUUAUCUUAUGUUGUACACAAUGGCGGAAUCGCAUCAAUUAAAAAAAAAUUGUUGUUGAAAUCAAAAUUUGUAAAAGGAAGAAAAUAAUCAAAUAAAUAAGAAAAGUGCAGAUAUUUAUUAACAUUUAAAGCUCUGAUAACAUAUUUGAAUCUUUUGACAGUAUGGUGAUCUACUUUAACAAUUUCAUUGUUCAAUCUACCUGGAGAAUGUUAUGAAAAUCUGCCAUGAUAAGCCGACCAUCCGAUUUGUUCCCCUAAAAUAUUUCCAAAAAAAAGUCCACCUUAGAAAAAGUUUAUGGGUUAUGCUAAAAAAUAAACUGUGGUCUUGCCAGUGAAUUUAAAAAAAAAAAAUGAAUCUCUUAUUCUAAGUUAAUGUGAUAGAUUUUUAUCAGUUUUGUUGUAACAAGAUUAAAUAUGAUUUUUUUUUUGGUAAGAUCUCAUAUUUUCUUUACUUUCAUCCUCAGCUUACAGUCUACAGUAAUGUCACCAAUUCCCCCUACCAUCCCAAAACCAACUUUUCUUAUAUGCUGGCCCAACAAUUAGUCAAACCUGUGAAAUGGGAACAAAUAAUGCAUGGUGUGUACUCCCGAUGCCAGGGACUGGAAUUCCCAAAUACUUAUGAAGUUGGUCCAGGCAGGCAGAUGGGGACCCUAUUGAAGCAGGUCAACCUUCAGGCUUAUAAACAGUAUCAUAGUGUAGAUGUAUGAUGUCCAGAGCAAUGUGUAGGAAUUAAUUUUUAAUUACUUUGUUGUUAUUUAUGGUUUUUUCCUCAAUCACAAGAUUUGUAUGUCUUCUUUUAAAAACAACUUUUUUUUAUCCUGAAACUUAUUACCAGUUAUUUAAUAAAUGCUGUAUGGGUUAUCUCAGAGCAGGUGUGAUGCACACAUAUAAGAAAUUCAGCUGAAAGUAGUGUUACAUUUAUGCAGUAAUGAAUUUGAGCGUAAAAUUAAAAACAAAAAUUCUUUCUUCAUUUAAAAAAAUGAAUCAUUAUCAGCAUCACACUAUUUCAUUGCUCUAUGCUGAUCAUUUCAUUGUUACAACUUUAAUGAUAUUCAAUUGAAGAUGGAAGCAUGUGUCCAAAGGUGUUGAGUUUGCAUGUUCAUUCUAUUUUUGUACUGAAAGAACAUAUCAAAGCUUAAGAGAAAAUAAAUAAGAAUUUAACAAAAUAUAUACAUCUUAUUUAGUUAUUUAUUUAUAUAUUAU